CUCUAAUGACCGAGUGGUUAACGGACAUAUACAGCCCACGUUGUCCUCACCUCAUGACUCGGCGGAAGAAGCACAUGCCUGCAUGCUUCACAUAUGUGACGCCGAUUCCGCUCAUGCUAAAGCAGGCAUGUACCAUAACUUAUAACCGAUAACGAUGAUCCUCGACUCUAAAUUUCUUGGAUCCCACUAAAAAAGCAAGAGGUGCCAGCCGGCUUGAGGAACAGCACCGCGCAACCGGUCUUUGUUUGCCAUCACCAACACUCCAUUAACAAUGGCCCCCAAACGCCCCGUCGAGAACGAUGACGGCUCCAAAGCGGCACCCGCAGCCAAAAAGGCUCGUAAGGGCUUCCGAGUCGGUCCAGACAACCUCCCCGACGGUGCCUGGAAGCGCAAGGUGACCAAGAUCAAGAAGGACCUGAUCGAGAAGGCCAAGCUCAAGAAGGCCUACAAGAAGAUCAAGGCACGUGAACUGCCGCCUGCCCAGAAACCCCAACAGGGGAGUGGGGAGAGUGAAGCAGCUCCAGGACCAGGAGCAGAGGAGGCGAAAACAGAAGACGCCGAGCAGAACGCAGCAAUUCAUCCUGACCGCCAGGCCAUGCUGGUAGUCGAACACCCGGAUGAUGCCGAGUCCGACGCCUCAGAUAUUGCAAACAUGGUGCGCCAGAGGCCGACCAAGGAAGAGAAGAAAGAGCGCUGGGGUGACGAGCCUCGCCAGAAGCCCCAUGGCAAGCAACGCAAGCCCGGCUACUUCGACAAGGCCCAAAACGAGGCUUCGAGAAACAAGGCCGAGCAGGAGUCGCGGGAAGCAGAAUUUCAACGUCGCACAGAAGAGCGAGAGCGCAAGAAUGCCGAGCGUGAUCGGUUCAACAAGGCACUGAAGAAAGCACGAACACCAGGACGGGAUGGCCAGCGCAAGUUGGGAAGAGAGAGCGCGCUGAUGCUCGAGAAAGUGCGAAGGAUGACACAGCAGAAGUAAGCAAAGCACGAGGUGCUGGUACUGCCGAAGACACCCUGUUGACUCAAUAAUACUGCCCUUGAGGCAUAUUCCUGCUGGGCGAUUUGAGAGAGGAGCGCUUCAAAAGGCUGUUUGGGAGGGGAAGGGUGCCAUCUGGAAUCAGCGGCAGUCAGGAACGGACCACGACAGAUUAUGAUACCCGAAGGGCACAUCAAAGAAAUAUUGUGAAGAAGAAAAAAAGGCUAGAUUUCGAACCAAUCACAAACUAUGGUAUCAGCAUUGGAGGACAGGGGGAAACACGGUCAGAUAAUGGACGACUCGUAUCCAAAGUUCUGUUAAUACCAGCUAAGGCUGACUACGAUCCUAACUUGUCCAGUUCAGUGAUUUCGCUGCUCAAUAAUGGAAAGCCAAAAAGAGGCGACAAAAUCCCCGUCAAACGGAGUAGAAC